GUUAGCCUUGUUGGGUUUAUCUUGUUAAAUCCAAUUAAUUCAGUAUUUAAUUGGAUUUAUUUUUGUAGUAAAUUUGCUUCGAUUACAAGCCACAACCCAGAAAUCAAAACCCAGGAAAUGAAAGUUUAGUACACUCAAUCAAAAUCAUUGUCGAUUCCGUGAGCAACACUGAAAGGGAGAGAAAAUCUGGGAAUAAAUCUGGGAAUUGUUAAAGUUUGAAACUUGUAAAAUUAGGGCAAGAAAUUUUGUGGGGUGAUCUUAAAAAUGAAAUUUGAAAGCAUAGGACCUGAAGAUUUAUCAACAAUUGGAGGGAUCGCAACAGUUUCCCUUCUUCAUUCCUUCAUUCCUACUCAUUGGUUGCCCUUUUCCAUCGUUGGUCGCGCCCAAAAAUGGACUCUUUCUCGCACCCUUUUAGUCACUGUGUUUGGAGCAUGUUUACAUGUGAUAUCUACUGCACUUCUUGGCAUAACAGCUGUAACCAUGGCCAAUACCAUUGCGGGGGAAGAAACUGUGCAUAAGCUUGCUUCUUUGCUACUUGUAGUACUUGGCGGAAGUUACAUCUUGCUGUUUCUUUUAGGAAAGGGCGGCCAUAGUCAUUCUCAUCAUCAGCCCAUGGAAAAAAUGGCUGUCGCUGGACUUGUCCUAGUUCCUGCACUGUCACCCUGUGCAACUACACUUCCAGUUUUUCUAGCUGUUGGAAAUUCAUCCUCAAUGAUGGUCCUAGCCAUCAUAGUACUUUUAUUCAGCACUAUCACUGUGAUGACCUCUUUGGUAGCUCUCUCAUACUACGGUGCAAGUCAGCUGAAGUUUCACUGGGUGGAGCGGUAUGACAAGGUUCUUGUUGGUUCAGUUCUAUGUUUGGUAGGAAUUUUAACUCUCAUUUUUCACGAUCACGACCAUCAUCAUCAUCAUCAUCAUCAUGGUGGAGCAAGAGAGCAUUUGUCCAGAAAAGUUCUGAAUCUUUAAUUUUACUUUUGCUACUAUAAAAUUGUGUAUUAUUUCGAAACAUGAACUAGUAUAAAUCUUUUGUACUAUAAGAAUCAUUACUAGGUGUACUUGAAAUUCGAGAUCAAAGUUUCUUUUUCUAA